GUUGUCCGUUUUCAUUUGUUCUUAAUCGAAAUUUAAUGUUGAUGUUCAGGUUUUUCGUGAAAUAAUGUGUUUUUAUGGCGGAAUUGAAACGGUUUACUGUGCGCAUCAGAAGCACGGGUGUUGAGAACCUCCAGGUCUUUGCUGUCCAUGGACCACCUGUAAAUCCAGGUCGGUAUGUCCAGGGAUCGACUGUGUUUGAGGACCACAGUUGUGCCUUUGAACUGAAACAUGAAUUCAGUGCAAUAUUCCCAAGGUAUUCUGCUUAGUUUGUGGAUAAACAUAUUCUAAAUCCCUGAGUUCAUUAUAGGUCACCAUUGGACUCUUUAAGGACCUUUGCAGUCUUUGUGUCCUUCCCUGUUGGACUUUCACCAACAGCAUAGAAUGGCAAAGUGGUUCAAGGACUAUUUAAGUUUCGGGAGCAAACGUGUUCCCCCGCAGCCACCAAAACCAGACUACAGCGAGAGUGAGAUAUUGAAGGCGUAUCGUGCACAGAAGAAUCUUGACUUCGAAGACCCUUCUGAAGACUUCGAGAACAGAGCAAGAAAUGACAACGGGUCGACUGAAACGUCCCACAUGGGCUUCGGCUCUCCUCUGAAAUCCUCGAGUCUGGAUAUCAAGGUUGUGUCGCCAAAACAUCGCCUCAUAAAGGUGGACUCGCAAGACCUGGGACGGAGCAAGAUUCUCCUAAGCUCUGUGUCUUUAGAGGAACCUACAGAUCCGGUGGUUCCUUCAGCUCCAGUCAUGGGAGAUACCGAUUACUCUGACCCAUUCGAUGCUCGUUUGGACCCGCAUCCCGAAACCACUCAAGGCCCAAUCCCUCCUGAGAACAACGGCUACAUGGAGCCCUACGAGGCCCAGAAAGUGAUAACCGAGCUGCAGAGGAGAGCUGGUGGUGGAGCAGGAGGAUGGGGGCGAGGGGAGGUCCAGCUCUAUGACACCCCAUAUGAGGAGCGUGUCCCAGGGCAGCCGGAUCUGCCUGAGGAAGGGAGAGAGAGCAGGCUGCCACAGGACGACGACAGGCCCGCUGACGAAUACGACCAACCGUGGGAGUGGAAGAAGGAACACAUCUCCAAGGCUUUUGCUGAUAUGAGAGAUCUGACCGAGCUGCCGUGGCCUCCUCCGGUCGGACAGCUGGAGGAGGAGCCCAUCUGUGGCGAGCAAGUGCAGUUUGAGGGUGCUGAGUGGGACCGUUCCUGUUCUCCCACAGAGCGCCUGAGGUGUCCCAGGCCAACCACAGGCAGCAUGAAGCUACGCAAGCCCAGCGAACCUCAUUCAAUGAUCGGCGAGAGAGUGGAUCCCACCCUGCCCCUGGAGAAACAAGUAUGGUAUCACGGCGCUCUCUCGCGCUCCGAGGCCGAGUCUCUGCUGACCCUCUGUAAGGAGUGCAGUUAUUUGGUACGAAACAGCGAGACCAGUCGCUUGGACUACUCUCUCUCUCUGAGGAGCUGCCAGGGAUUCAUGCACAUGAAGUUCAGCCAGUCCAAAGACGGCCGCUAUAUCCUGGGCCAGAACAGCCCUCCAUUCGACACCAUCCCUGAAGUGAUCCACUAUUACACCACACACAAACUCCCCAUCAAAGGAGCCGAACACUUGUCCUUGCUCUUCCCUGUGCUGGUUCAGACUCUCUGAUUGGUCCGAGCACUGCAGUCCUCAAUGCUAUCGGUGGAAACCUACAGGAAAUGAAGAGUUCUUCAACAAAAUCAGCAACAGCUUACACAAACUUUUUGGUCCCUUGUGUUUUUAAUUGUGCAACAGCAUCUGGUGGAGGACAUCAACUUCUAAAAUGAACAUGUCUGAUCAAAUUACAGUUAGAUCUACACACAUGCUAUUUCACGUUCUUGUAAAUAACACUUUUCCAUCUCACCGAAUGCCCCUCCUGUGAACCGUACCAGACUGCUGGCAGCCAGACCUGUUGCUUGUCUUCAGUCGGUGUUAUUCUCCGCUGGGACGGUGGAUUAGCCGCCGCUAAUGUUUAUUGAUCGAUUAGCAGCCUCUUAGGAUGAGCACACGGGCCUCUGUAUUUUUAUAGCUGCUGUAAAAGACACUUCAACAUGGCUGUUUAUGACUAUCUGCUCUUUAAAGUUUAAGAAGUCUUUUGGUUGUAGUAAAGAAGACCACACACAAAUGUUUAAUUCUUACAGUCUUUGUUAGACUUUCCCACUUUGGCUGGUCGUAGAUCAGUGCAUGUUGUCAACUUCUGUUGAGGACAGUAGCUGAUAAAAAAAAAAAAAAAAAUCAAUGAUGUGAUGUUUGAAUCAAGAUCAUUUGCAGAGAUGUUCCUGUAACUGGCAUAUUAGGUCACGAUACAGAAAAAUGCUAAAAAUGUGUUUCUGUAGCUGCUGUUUUAAACCGAUUUACAUGUGUUAUAAAAUAAACUUUCUAAAGAGAG